GGCCAACCUAUAUUUAUGUAGUAGCUUAAACAGCACUAUAUUGUAGAAGCUAUUAGUAAAAGUAGUAGCUAACUGGUGAUUAUUAGAUACAACCACUCAAUUAUAACCAUACUUGGAAACCGCGUUUCUCUCUCUCUCUCUCUCUACCCCCCUCUCUCUCUCUACAAUUUCAAACCCCAUAUAAAUAUCAGCAUAGUACAUAUCAGUCUCUCUUCACUCUUCACCACUCUCACUCCUCGUUUCUCUCUCUAGACUCUCUCUCUCUCUCAUGAAAAUGGCUUCCUGCAAAUCUCUCUCUCUCCUCUUCUUCUUUCUCAGUUCUUUCCACCUCAGUAUUCAAGACAACACCGUUUCUUUGUCUUUUCCUCUUACCUCAGCCCCUCUGUCGGAAACCUCCGCUUUUAAAGCAAAGCUCCUCUCUUCUCCAAACAAGAACGCCGCCGCCGCCGCCGCCGCGUCGUCGCCGCCGCUCGGUUACGACUACCGGUCGUCGUUCAAGUAUUCGAUGGCCCUGAUUGUUUCUCUACCAAUCGGUACGCCGCCGCAGACGCAGCAGAUGGUCUUGGACACCGGCAGCCAGCUGUCGUGGAUUCAGUGCCACCGGAAAACACCGGUUGUACGGAAGCCGCCUCCGACGACGUCGUUCGACCCCUCUCUCUCCUCUUCCUUCUCCGUUCUCCCCUGCAACCACCCCUUAUGCAAGCCGCGAAUUCCCGACUUUACCCUCCCCACCACGUGCGACCAGAACCGCCUCUGCCACUACUCCUACUUCUACGCCGACGGUACCCUCGCCGAGGGCAAUCUCGUCAGAGAAAAGUUCACUUUCUCAAAUUCCCAAAGUACCCCUCCUCUUAUCCUCGGAUGCGCUGCGGACUCGAACGACGCCGAGGGUAUUUUGGGCAUGAAUCUUGGCCGGCUGUCGUUCAUUUCCCAAGCUAAAGUGCCAAGGUUUUCAUACUGCGUGCCCCUCAGACGCCAGGGGCGCGUCGCCCAAAACAUUAAUAAUAAUAAAAAUAAUAAUAAUAUUAAUCCCACGGGCGCAUUUUACAUAGGCCACAACCCAAAUUCUGGUACAUUCCACUACAUCAGUAUUUUGACUUUCCCCAAAAGUCAACGCGCCCCCAAUUUCGACCCCCACGCCUACACCGUCGGAUUGUUGGGCAUCAGAAUCGGCGGGAAGAAGCUCAACAUCUCCGCCGCGGUUUUCCGGCCGGACGCCGGCGGUUCCGGCCAGACGAUGAUAGAUUCCGGCACGCAGUACACUUUCCUGGUGGACGCCGCCUACGCGAAGGUGAGGGAAGAGGUGGCGCGGCUCGCCGGACCGAAGCUGAAGAAGGGGUUCGUCUACGGCGGCGCGUUGGACAUGUGCUUCGACGGCGGCGAUGAGGCCGAAAUCGGACGGCUGAUAGGCGACGUCGUUUUUGAGUUCGAGAGGGGUGUGGAGAUACUGACCAAUAAGGAGAGGGUUUUGGAUGACGUGGGAGGAGGGAUCCGCUGCUUCGCAAUCGGACGGUCGGAAUCGCUCGGCGUUGCUAGUAAUAUUAUUGGUAAUUUCCACCAGCAAAAUCAUUGGGUGGAGUUCGAUGUGGCCAAUCGGCGAAUUGGCUUCGGUGUGGCCGACUGUAGCAGAUCUUUGUGACUUUUCUUCUUUGAAAAUAUAUCUAGUUCAUAGUUGUACAUGGUGUAGCAAAAAUUGAUAAAAUUAAAAAAACAAAUAAUUUGUUGGAUUUUGUACGCAUGUUUAAUCUUUUUGGUAACUAGAGAAUUUUUUUUCAUC